AUGCCCUUCAGACAAUCAGAUAGCUCCCAGGUCUGUCCGAAAAGGGAACUGCGGGCGCUAGCAGUCUGGUUCAGAACAUCCUCAGUGGGAACAGUUGAUAAAACGGAUUGUGACAAUCUUUCUUUAGAGGCAAGUGAAGUGGGCGGUGGGGAGGAUGCUGAAGUGGUUGAUAAGGAUGAUGAUGAAGACGAUGAUGAAGAAAGUGAAGAUGAGGAUGACGAAGAAGAAGAGCCAAUAGUUUCGGAUAUGGCAGGUGGCCCAGAAACAGUCUUAACUGAAAAAAGAGCCGUACUUUUAGUUAUGGCUUCG